GUUCAACUUCUAUCAAGACAAUUUAACACAAUUACAACACCAAAUCUCCAUUUUUAACUUAGUCUAAGACCUUCAUCCGCUACAACUAUAAUGCCUAUCGGACACGUUCUCGUCAAGGUCGCUCAGGCUGACUUCGCCCCCACUGUUCAAUUCUAUACCAAUGUCCUCAAGACUCUCGGAUUGAACGUACUUCCCGGUUUCCCAGAGGGUAUGGUUGGCUUUGGCACCGCCGGACCUGAGUUCGUCCUGAAAUCUAGCGACAAGUCCAGCUACGCUCACGUCGCUUUCCUAGCAGCGGAUACCAAGGCUGUUGAUGCUUUCCACGCCGCCUCUCUUUCUGCGGGCGCAAAGGACAAUGGAGCUCCCGGUAUUCGAGCUGGAAUCCACCCUCAGUACUACGCCUCUUUCAUCCAUGACCCCAUUGGCAACAACAUUGAGGCCGGCACUUUGACUGCCGCAUGAGGGCGACUUUGAAAUGACAUGGGGGGAAUAGGAAU